CCGCACUACUACCUUCAGCCAUGAAGACUUCGCUGGCAUUAGUUGCCAUUUGCGGUAUACUCACCACGGCUGCGAUUCCCCGCCGGACGUACGACAACGAUCACCAGCACAAACGGUCCUCUCCGGAUGACCCGAAUCAACAUGUGGGCUACCAGGAAAUCGAAACCACCUCGGAAUUCUGGCGACAGGCCGCCCGCAAUACCAUCGCAUCCAAACUGACCGAAUCUCCCGUAGUGUCAAAGCCCAAGAAUGUAGUCUUCUUCAUCGGUGACGGAAUGUCCCCACAAACGGUUGCCGCCACCCGGAUGUACCUUGGAAAUGAGAACAAAAUGCUUCCGUUCGAAGAGUUUGUCAACCUGGCAACCACCCGUACGUACUGUAUUGAUAAGCAGGUGGCCGAUUCGGCAUGUACGGCAACGGCGCUGCUCUCCGGGGUGAAAACCAACUACGGCAUGGUCAACAAGGCUUCGGAGAUUCCUUUCAAUAGCUGUGGAUCUGGUGCACAGAUCGAGGGCCUACUGAAGUGGGCACAGGAUAACGGCAUGAUGACAGGGUUGGUGUCGACAGCACGCGUUACCGAUUCAACUGCGGCGGCUGCGUAUGCCAGUGUGACUAACGAUAACUGGGAAGAUGAUUCGUACGUGAGAGCAAGCGGUUGUGAUCCAGCUAGUAAUCCGGACAUUGCUCAGCAGUUGAUCCAUGGCGAAGUGGGACGGAAUUUGAAUGUCAUUCUUGGUGGAGGCCGAAGACAUUUCAUACCGUCAACUGACAGGGACGAAGAGGGAAGCUACGGAUCCCGAACUGAUGGACGAAAUUUGAUCAACGAGUGGAAGCAGCUGCAUCCCGAUGGGGAGUUCAUCUGGAAUAGGACUGCUCUGACCUCAGUUAGGUUCAGUCAAACCGAGCGGUUGUUGGGACUGUUCGAGAGCAGCCAUUUGAUGUAUCACUUGGAAGUUCUGGAGCAAGGUGUGCAGAUGACUGAGCCGAACUUGCCGGAUAUGGUUGCGAUUGCGUUGAGGAUGAUGGACAGACAUGAAGGGGGAUUCUUUUUGCUAGUUGAAGGUGGUCGAAUUGAUACGGCCCAUCACGAAACGAGACCGCGCUUGGCACUGGAGGAAACUGCAGAGUUCUCCAGGGCAGUUGACUUGGUUCGGAGUAUGACCCGUGAGGAUGACACUCUGAUUGUGGUUACGGCCGAUCAUGGACACACCAUGACGUACAAUGGAUAUGCGAGCCGCGGCAGUGACGUUCUUGGCAUUGCUGGUCUCAGCGAUGAGGAUGGACUUCCGUACGCUACGUUGAGCUACGCCAAUGGGCCAGGAUACUACGGCACGUACAAGGAGGAAAAUCGUGGUGAACGGGUGGACAUUACCGGAAUGGAUUUCAAGAACUUCCGGACGCAGUACCCAGCGACGGUUCCGCUGGAUGAAUCUACGCACGGUGGCGAAGAUGUGGUGGUCUACGCUCGGGGUCCGAUGGCUCAUCUCUUCCGGGGCAACAUGGAGCAGAGUGCCGUUCCCCACUUGAUCGCCUACGCCACUCAGAUGGGACGGUUCAAGGUGUGAUAUGGGGUUGUGGGUUGUAGCUUUAACUUGAUUAGAUAAGAUCUGGUAGUCGACGUGUAGAAUUGUGACGUUUUUCAAUUACACA